AUGGAGGAUGGGAGGAAUCAGCGCAACAGAGAAGUCAGCUACAGCAAGCUCCUUCACCGCUCCUUUUGCUCGAUUUGUUAUAUCCAUACUGGACCGAGCAGUUUUGCGUUGAAGGGGAAUACCUCUGUCGGCCUGAGAUUAUCUGAGAAGAAUCAGCGAGGCCAAAAGGAUUGACUCCCUGCAAAUCCGGAGGAGACGUCAGGGCAGCAGAGAGUGAUGCCAGAUAUAUUGGUGCAUUUGUAACAAGGAUGGUUAAAAUGUCCUGACUCACUUUCAACAGGGUCUGCAAUGACCGAGGAUGUCAGCCUAAGUGACCGCGGCAAAAACACCAGGAACAUCUCAGAUGGACUUCUUCGGGGCUCCAAGGGCACGGUACACGUUGGUAGGAGAAGCCAUCCGCUACAUCAUCCCCGGACAUAUGCAGUGCUCACUUGGCUGCGGAGGUCCAACCUGCAAGUACGACAACCCCAGCUACUGGAGAGAGGAUCAACAAGCGAUCAAAGGCCUCUACUCCUCCUGGUCAGUGAUCAAAUUCUCCCCCAGAUUCAGUCCCGGUGUGAAGGUAUCUCUCCAUAUUCCAGGGUGACUGAUCAUCUCCUCGCCAUGUCCAGACCCUCCACAGAAAUAAUCCAGAAAUAUGACAUCAUUGAUCAAUUUCGAAGGUGUGGCAUCAAGUCAGUGAUCAACCUGCAAAUACCCGGUGAGCAUGCCAGCUGCGGAAACCCUCUAGAGCCGGAAAGCGGUUUUUCCUACCGACCAGAGGCCUUCAUGGAAAACAACAUUUACUUCUACAACUUUGGUUGGAGCGAUUACGGUGUGGGGAACCUGGCGUCAGUGCUGGACAUGGUAAAGGUCAUGGCCUUUGCACUUCAGGAAGGGAAGGUGGCGGUCCACUGUCACGCUGGUCUGGGCAGAACAGGAGUGUUUUUGGCGUGUUUCCUGGCCUAUGCAACCAAGAUGACUGCCAACCAGGCGAUUCUAUACGUCCGUGCAAAGCGUCCUGGUUCCAUCCAGACCCGCAGUCAGCUCCGCUGCAUCAGAGACUUUGUCCAGUUCCUCUCUCCACUGAGGAGUGUGUUUUCCUGCGCCGCACCUCGGUUUGAUCCAGUCACCCUCUCCCAGUACCUCAAUCGCCAGAGACACAUGCUGCACGGCUGUGAGAGGAAAGAACUUCGCUACAUGCCGAAGAUCGUCCAGUUGGUGUGCAGGCUGCUGCUGGACAUCGUGGAGAAUAGACAGGUGAUUGAGGAGGACAUCCUAGAGGCGCCGGACAUUCACGACCUGGAGAUGACAAACAGCAUCAUCGAAAAGUUGGGCCCUGAGAUAUAUACUCCGGGGCCACGCUUACCUGGGAGCCCGAUUUUACCCAGGCAUUUUCACGAACCACCCAUUUUCUACCACCGCAAGAGUCUGAGCUACAGCGAAUCCGACCUGAGACGACUCAGCUCGCAACUCAACCUCCUCACUCAACCCCUGAGCUCCCUCUCGCAGGGCAACAUCGACAGCAAAGCCCCUCAGCCUUCAUCCCGCAGCAACUUGUCUGACAUGUCCCACAACUCCACCAGCUCGCUCUGGCAGGUCAAGAAUCAGAAGGAUGGCUCCAUUCUGCUGAAGAAAAUGCAACAGAAAGUCAUCCAGCGCAGUGAGUCCAUGGGGAACAGCAGACUGCCCAACAAAUGGAACCUGUUGUCUCGUCUCAAAGACAAGCAAAGGGAGGAGAUGGUGGUAAACGGAAACAAAGUGAUAGGUAAAGAGGAGGAGCAGUCAGAGGUUCCCUUCAUCACGCUGCAGUCAGAGUUGUCUCUUGAUGCCAGGAGACUGCUGGUGGCUCAGGCACUGGCUGUGGACCUUUUUCUGGAUGGAGAAGAAGAUCACAAGAAGAAAGUUUUAGCCUGGCAGGCAGAGCUGAACCAGGGAGGAGCCUGGGAGAGACUCUGCAUGGAGCGCGACCCUUUCGUCCUCACCGGCCUGAUGUGGUCGUGGUUGGAGCAGCUGAAGGAGCCGGUCCUCGGCCCUCAGGACGCCAAAGCUCUCAAUCCCGACAAUAUGGACGCGCAAAGUGUCCUCCGCACACUUGAUCAGGUUGAAGAGAAAUGUCACGAAAAUGAAAUGAAUCACAGAGUAACCACGAUGUUAUGUUCUCAGGGUUCCAGGGAAACCUUAGAGUGUAUUUUAGACUGCAUGGCCCAUAUGAUGACCAUUCCAGAGGAGGUAGAGGCAGCAUUUUUAAACCGGACGAUCAAAGCUUUUACAUGGCUGGACAAGAGCUCGGAGGACAGAAGAAAACUUUACGACUCGUUGACUUCAGUCUUCAGAUGUGUGCUGGAAAACAUGGCCAAGAGUCUGGAAGACAGCAGAGCUGAGCCACUGCCAUCACCAUUCUCUUUGUCAUAGAUGAAAACAAUCCCUCUGUGCCUUGUUCAACAUAAAAAAAUAACUAAGACCUGUAGUCUUGUUACAAACCACCAUUUCCACUUUAUUGUCAAUGAAGAACAUAUGAUCAGUACAUUUUGUGAAUGAUGUUGCCUUAUACAUGAUUGAAAUAAAGACUGAU